AGCUGAUGGACGGUAACGUCCCUAUCGAAGGUUCAGAUACUCUCAGUGAUCCCCGUGUAUGGCUUGAUUACCUAGCAGCACUGUUUCGUACUUUCAAUUGCCUUUUACGACGUUUGGGAAAUCCAAGUUCUAGUCAGUGGGACACAAGGGAACGCAACGCUGUUGAUCGUACUACGUCCGAGUUGGUGCUUUCUGCUCAGAAUUGUUUAGCUGAAUGCUUGCAGUUAGUAAGAGAAGUAAUAUGGCCAGUUGUUACCCGUGUACUCACACAUUAUGCCUCGCGCAUGCGUCCAAUGGAGCAUGUUUGUCGUCUCAUACGUUUCAUUGUGCGUUGUUUUUCUGUGCACUUACGAGAUCUUCUCCCCGAGCUUGCUGAAAAAAUUGUACUGUCUUACACAACUGGAGGACAACAUUCAAGUUUUCUGUAUUUAACAAGCGUGCUAGUUGAUGAAUUCGGAGAACAAUUAGAUUGCAGAGUUGGUUUGGUUAACGUGUAUGAGGCAUUGAGUGGUCCAACACUGAAAUCUAUCUCUGGUUCUGGACUUAUACAACAACCGCAUACUGUGGAAGAUCUAUUUCGGUUAUGCACCCGACUUGUACAACACUGUGCAGCUGUUUUUCUCACUAGUAGCAGGAUCAAUUUGAAUGAACUCUGCGAUACCGCUGUCUCUUCUCUAAAUCUAUGUUGUGCCGGCCCUGGUUCUGGCUCAUCUAGUGAUGAUACACCGGAUCCAAACUCAUCUAACAAUGAUGAAUCAAGUUCAUCGUCAGCUUCUACUAGCGCAUCAGCUGCAGCUGCUCGAUUUUUCAUCGAACUUAUCAUUUUUACGAACGAGGCAUGUGAGGAGACACCAAUGCAGGUUGUACAGAUUUUAGAGUCUGGUAGACAUCUUCCUACUCCCUCUUGUCAGUCAGCUCUAGCUGCUCAAAAUGUUAUUGUGUGGUUAACUUACUCCAGGCCUACGCAGCCUACUGAUCCUAGUAAUAUGAAUAGUUGUUGCGGCGGACAACGGUUAGUUUCAGCAUUAUUGCAAGCAUGUUGUCUUGGAUUAAUGGAUGAAAGGUUUCCCGAGAUGGCGGAUAUUUUAUAUCAUCUUAAGGUCAUGAUUAAUCAAGAAAUGUUUCUUAACUGGCUGAAGAACGCAGUAGCCAAUUUGUCAACUAUGCGUACUGAUGGUUUAGUCCAAGCUACACAAGACCAAAUUACCGAUUUUCAAGAUGUUGUUAUGAAUUCAUCUCGAAGUUCAACGAUCGUACAUGCGCUUGACUCAUUUUCAAGAUUGUUCCGAUGAAUUAUGCUCCCUGUAUACAAUUUUCAGUGUGUAAAAAGUAUUCAUCUCUCACUUUGCACUAUUUCAAAACAAGCUUCUACCUUUAUUCUAGAUAUCUUUGUUAUUAUGAGCAAUUUUAACCAAUGUGUUUCAAAACCUUAUAUACAGCCACAUUUCGAGAAUUUUUCCAAUCUCCUUGAACUUACUCUUUUUAUCCUUGUCUAUAUGCAGAAUCCAGUCAAUUUGGUUAUAGUAAAUGAGUUAUUUAAAAUCAAAGAGAACAUUUUAACCCGGAUAUUCAGCUUUAUAGCCAUUACUACUGACUUAGAUUUCACAGAUUAUCGAACCUUAUGAACGGUUUAAUAAUUUUCCAUAGCAUGGCGAUAUUGGGAGUAAAUAAUAAUGUUUGUUUCACCAGGCUUUACAAAUCGGUCUUUGAAACUAAAAUAUAGUGAAGGAGAAAUCUUAACGAUAUCUGAUCAAUUGAUAUACAUGUUUAGAAG